CCAUGUUUGUACUUUUAGGUAUCAAUGUAGUAUAUACUGCAUAAACAUAAAUGUUCAUGACCGCAUGCAAUUUGCUGUAUAGCACAAAGCGUAAGAAAGGUGCAUGAUUUCACAAUCUAGGUUGUAUGGUACACCAGCAGUAUAAUGGUAUGGCGCAAAUCGUCCAGCUACACGCGAAGAUGUGAUAACAAGUGAUUGUGAUGUUAGUGGAAAAACAAGUGUUUCGUUUAAAAUCGUAUGACAUGGCUUUGUCUCCUGAAUCUCAACUGAUCACAAAUGAGCGAAACAAGACCACGUUUAAUGUAACAGAACUUACCAAUAUAUUGGAUGGAGGGUUGGAGAAAACUGCUCUUCGGAAAAGCAUUGAGCGAAAGAUUUCUUUGGAUCCCAACAUGAAGACAAUUCAUCGUGGCUAUUUAAACAAGGAACAAAUAAAUUUUCAAAACAAUCGUAAAAUGAUGUACUUUUUCACUGAUCUGGCAAAAAGAAAUAACUGGCAUAUGGACAAACCACAUUCAGCUGACAUGGAGUUUCUACCAAGAACAUUAGCAAAUGCAUCUGGAUUGCUUAUUCAUGCCGGGGCAUUUGUUCCAUCUAUUGUAAGUUUUGGUACACCUGAACAAGCAGCAAAGUGGUUACCUCUUGCAAAGGCUUGCCAGAUCAUUGGAGCUUAUGCUCAAACCGAACUUGGACAUGGCACAAAUCUAAGGAGACUGGAGACCACUGCCACAUUUGAUCCACGGUCACAGGAGUUUAUUAUGAACACACCUUCUAUUUCAUCCAUGAAAUGGUGGCCUGGUGCUUUGGGAGAAAUGGCUACUCAUGCAUUAGUGAUGGCUCAGUUGAUCACGAGAGGUGAAAAUCACGGGAUGCAAGCUUUUAUAGUACCCGUUCGUGAUAUGACCAAUCACAAACCUCUACCAGGCAUUACUGUGGGUAGUAUUGGACCCACCUUGGCACUUGAUAGCACUGAUAAUGGUUACCUGCGUAUGGAUAAUGUAAGAAUACCAAAAGAAAACAUGUUGGCAAAAUACGCUUAUGUUGAUAGCAAAGGAAAGUUCCAGAAAAUUGGCAACGACCGUUUGAUGUAUGCGUCCAUGGUUAACCUACGUGUGGUGCUUGCUAAAGAUGAGGCAGUGACUUAUAUACAGAUGGCUUGUACAAUCGCAGCUAGAUACAGUUGUGUGCGGAAGCAAGGCAGCUUGACACCAGGUGGGCCAGAAGUUCAAAUCAUUGACUAUGUAACGCAGCAAAACAAAAUAAUUCCCUAUAUUGCCCUUUCUUAUGCUUUGCACUUCAAUCUGGCAUUUAUUCGAAGUAAAUAUGUCAAGUUCCUUGAAGAUGUUAAGCGGGGAGAUCUAUCCAACAUGGCAGAGAUGCACAUGAUGACAGCUGGUAUGAAAGCGAUUGCAACCGAACGAACUUCAGCUGGUGUUGAGAUCCUGAGGAGAUCAUGUGGUGGGCAUGGAUAUGCAGUUUCAAGUGGUCUUCCAUACAUAUUGCUAAGGUUGGUAGCCUCUUGUACAUAUGAAGGUGAAAAUACUGUUCUCUACUUGCAAGCUGCCAGAUAUUUGAUUAAAACAGCAGCCAAGGUGAGCAUGGGACAACCGGUUGAUGCAUCGGUUAUGUAUUUAACUGAGGAUGCUCCAGAUAAGUGCCAGGCUGCAAACCAGAUGGAGUUAUGUGACCAUUCAAUUUUGGAAGCUUGUUUCAAGCAUAGGUCCAGGCAACUGCUGUUGUCAGUAGCAACUGAGUUGCAAAGUUUAGUUGCCGAUGGAAUGAAACAAAUGGAGGCUUGGAACCUCGUCUCUAUUCAACUAGUUAAUGCAGCUAAGGCACACAUGGAACAGCAUAUUGUGUCAACAUUUUCGUCCUAUCUUCGUAACUUAAAAUGCUCCAGUGCAGUGAGGGAGGUGCUUGACCAACUAUGUUCUCUAAACGCUUUGCAUCAAAUCAACAAUUUUCCGGGAGAUUUUUUAAAAGAUGGGUACCUGAGCAGUAAGCAGCUGGACAUGGCUCGUAAGGCAGAAGUUAAACUUCUCGCAUCCCUACGUAGAAAUGUGGUUGGUUUGGUCGAUGCAUUUGACUUCACAGACGACAUGCUUGGUUCUUGUAUCGGGUCCUAUGAUGGAAAUGCAUACGAGCGUCUAUAUGAGUGGGCAAAGAAUUUCCCAUCAAAUAAAACAGAUGUACAUGAGGAGAUAUAUAAGUACUUGCGCCCGCAUUUACACCAAGGAAGAGAUAUCCUGAACAAAAUGUCCAAGCUAUAAUAAUAUUUAUCAUUUGCUUUAAUUUUUGAAGCAUACAAGUUCCAACUUGCAUUUUUAUCAUGACAAGAAGUUAUUCUUGCUUAAAAUCUAUUUUGCUCUCUUGUAAUCAGUUAAUAUUGUAAAUUGUAUUUUCUUCGCACCGAGUCAAUUUUACGUGUUAGAACAUGAAGAUAUGGGCUAGCCUUAAUAUUGUGUGUAUACUAUCAUAUGUAAAACUAUCCCUGUUUUCUUAUUAUUAUAACUCUAAACCUCUGAAUGUUCUAACUUGCAUUGUUUAAUAUAAGCUAUGCAUUGUUGGAAUUUGUUGCUACCUUUAUGCUCCCAGGUAUUUACAGUUUAAAUUUUCAUUAAUAAUGUGCUUUUGUGUGCAAUAAUGCUGUGCUUGAUUUUGAAUUGUUUUUAAUUAACAGGUAGCUUAAACAUUGGUUGUGUUUACAAUUUUAAGUCGACUUUGUACUAAACGUAAUUGCUUAAGUUAAUGAUUAACUUAUUGGCUGUGCUUUCUAUUUUGCUUUCUGAUGCAAGGUGUUUAAACCAACUUUUGUCAU